AUGAAGACGCAUGUGUUACAAAUGUUCAUCGUGUUCGCAGCAAUCACAAAGUGCACAGAUCAGUAUGCAGAGGCCAAGAAGCCUGAAGGUUAGCUCACGAGUUUUCGGAUCAUGAAUGACUUUGUCUUAACUAAAAUUUCGAGUUCCUGCCUUUUGCAGAACCUCGAGAGUUGCCAACUGUAACAAGUCGGCUCCGGCUCCACUCGUUCUACUCGCAACUUCCAUUAUCAAAAGAGACCGAGUUGUUUGUGGAGUACGGCUCUUUUCCGCCGGUCAUCGAAACGCUUGAUAAGGGCGAAGUGAUCGAAUUCGACGGUUGGGGGUGGUCGAACGGGCGGCAGACGAUUCGACACAAACUACCGUAUCUCAUUUCAAAUCCGGCUCUCCGCACCACACACGUUUCGUCGGAAUGGUGCAAAUCGAGGGAUUUCUUCAAAAUCGGCUUUCGAAUCCAUCAAAUGUACCGGGAGUUCGGACUACCAUAUCAAGUGAAGUGUGCCACGUGUCAUCCGAUAAUCGGCGGACUCAACAGUUUAUAUUAUCUCUAUCCGGAGAGAGACUUCACUCAAGCGAUCACAAAACUGUCGAUUGGCUCUAGAGUUGUGGAGAACAACAUUACGUUUUGUGAAACGAAUGACUGCGAACAGAAUCCACGUGUGACCAACUUUCAGGAUUUCUUACGAGUCAAUGGUAACUGGGUCAAUCGAGAGGUGUCAGAAAUCAGAAAAGACCUUAGAUAUUCAGUUCGGUGAAUGGCACAGAUGGAAUGGAGAACACGCAACUACAGAAGAGGAUCGAGAAGUUCUGGGCGCUCCCGAUGGAGAACUCUCUGUGGACAUGUCCAGAUUUUGUUAAACGAGUAACAUUUUCAGAUUCACUCGAGAAUCCCCGACGGUUUCACGACAAUGUGUGGGAUGGAACUGAACGAAGAAGUGAUCAGUAGCAAUGUGUUCGUGAACAGCGACGUUGUAACCGAUCUAUCAGGAUCAAGUUUAGAUACUACCAGAAAUAAGUCUGAAAUUAAAAGUUUUCAGAACCAUCGUUCGCCUACAGCAGCUACGAAAGCCUGCCCGUUCCAGUAGAAGCUGUAAAGCACGACGCUUUCAAUUUGGAGCUUUUUGUUUCCUGGAACGAAUGGGGAUGUUGCUCCGCGUGCUGUUGUCCUCCAGCCAUCUGUGGCCACGAAUUCCAGACGUCUUCUGAUUGGUUAGUCUCAUCUGUGAGCCUUGUGAAUGUUCUCUUAAUUUCAGCGAAAACGUCUUUUCGGCUCGCUCGCGUAUCGGACAUCUUUCCAUUAGAAAACUGAACAACUCUAAGUCAAUAACUCUGAAAACGUAUUCAAAGGCCAUAUCGGAACUGCUCUCGCUGCCUCCGUACACUCAGAAGGGCGUUCCGAUCUUCUCAUCCCUUUUUACCAGUUUUCGGAAUCUGAAGCGUCCGGUGCAAGAGAUCAAAGAUAGCCUAUUUCCAAUUUUGCUAAACGCCAACAAUGCUUCUGGCUACAAGUUCUCAUCUGGAAUGUUUGUGGAUACGGAAUCCUGCAAGUCGAACAUUCAGAAGACGGACUGCUCCCAGUGGGCCCAAUGCCACAACAUUUCUUUGGUGAGCUCUCAGCCGUUCUCAGCCGCAAAUUAUCCCUGAAUUUAAGAUCGGAAUAAACUCAGAAGAUGCUCAGUUGGCCACGGACUCUUGCAAUCAAGUGCAAUUCGUUGACGUGCUAGUUGGAGUUGAGCCAAUGAAAGUGACGUGAGUUUUACAAAUUCUACAAGAAGUUCUUCAAAGUUUCGGGCAUCUCAGAGUGACCGACCACGAAAACUUGCGAAUUCGCAUCGACCCGGAAGUGCACAACGUGAACAAAACCAAGGUUGUGCUACAACUACAGUAGUUUCUCAUAAGCUACAGUAAUUUUAGGCAAGGUGGCGAGUGAACCUCCGAAAACCAAAAAAGUACGACAAGGCGCGUCCGUGUCUUCUGCAAGGUAUCGUGAUGCGAAACGAUGAAGUCCUGAUAUUGGACUUUGCAUCCUUCGAUCUCAAAAUUGAUCUCAUUCUGAAUGACGAGAAGAAAGUCCGGAUUGUAUUUGUAAAUUUGAGGAGGCGCAACGAUGCUCAGAAAGUUCACAACACGACCAUCUACUGGGGUAUUGCCAUAGCUGGUUAG